AUGUACUUGCUUGAAACUCCUUAUAUACUUUAUCAACCUUUUGACACUUCUCUUAUUGGAUCGUUCGAUGAAAAACCAGUGAACCAAGGUCUGGCUACCCUAGCAUUCUUCGGAGUAGGAGUGAACCUGGUCUUAUACCUAACAAGGGUGUUGCAACAAGACAAUGCAACUGCUGCUAACAACGUCAGCAAAUGGACUGGAACGGUCUACAUCUUCUCCCUUGUUGGUGCUUUCCUCAGUGAUUCGUAUUGGGGGCGAUACAAAACCUGUGCUAUCUUUCAACUAAUCUUUGUCACAGGUCUGAUAUCAUUGUCACUAUCAUCCCAACUCUUCUUGCUGAAGCCAGAAGGUUGUGGGAGCCAAGAAGAUCCAUGUGGAACACACUCAAAGUUACAUGUUUGGUUAUUCUACCUCUCCAUCUACCUCAUUGCCCUAGGAAAUGGAGGGUACCAACCAAACAUUGCAACAUUUGGAGCUGAUCAGUUUGAUGAAGAGGACAACAAGGAGGGGCAUUCAAAGGUGGCCUUUUUUAGCUACUUCUACCUGGCUAUGAACCUUGGUUCCCUUUUCUCCAACACCAUAUUGGGAUACUUUGAGGAUGAAGGAGUUUGGGCCAUUGGGUUCUGGGCAUCCACUGCAUCUGCAUUUGCAGCUUUGGUCUUGUUUCUUGGUGGGACUGCUAGGUACAGGCAUUUCAAGCCAAAUGGCAACCCGCUUUCGAGGUUUUGCCAAGUCUUAGUUGCUGCGAUGAAGAAAUGCAGGGCGGAGAUGCCACAAGGUGGAGAUGACUUGUAUGACGAGGCUAAAAAAGAGUCUUCCAAUAGCAACCGAAAGAUCCUCUACACCCAUGGAUUCAAGUUCUUGGACAGGGCUGCAUAUAUCUCAUCAAGAGACUUAGAUCACCAGAAGCAGGGCAUUUGCAGCCCAUGGCGUCUCUGCCCGAUCUCACAAGUGGAAGAAGUCAAAUGUAUUUUAAGAUUACUCCCAAUUUGGCUCUGCACCAUUCUCUACUCGGUGGUUUUUACACAAAUGGCUUCUCUCUUUGUAGAGCAGGGAGCUGCCAUGAAAACUACUGUUUCAAACUUUAAAAUCCCACCAGCUAGCAUGUCUAGCUUCGACAUCCUCAGCGUUGCAGUUUUCAUUUUCUUUUACCGACGAAUUCUUGACCCAGUUGUAGCUAGAAUAAGGAAAUCAGAUGCUAAAGGGCUUACUGAGCUCCAACGAAUGGGCAUUGGCCUUGUUAUUGCAGUCUUGGCAAUGCUUUCAGCAGGAAUUGUGGAGUGCUAUAGGCUUAAGUAUGCUGAUAAAGAAUGUCCACAUUGUGAAGGGUCGAGCUCCUUAAGCAUCUUCUGGCAAAUACCUCAGUAUGCAUGCAUAGGAGCUUCUGAAGUGUUCAUGUAUGUGGGUCAACUGGAGUUCUUCAAUGCACAAACACCAGACGGGCUGAAGAGCUUUGGGAGCGCCUUGUGCAUGACAUCAAUCUCACUGGGUAACUACUUUAGCAGCUUUCUCGUGAGUGUGGUCAUGAAGAUCUCAACAGAAGAUGACAUGCCCGGAUGGAUCCCCGGAAACCUCAACAAGGGUCACCUAGAUAGGUUUUACUUCCUCUUAGCUGUCCUGACAUCAAUAGAUUUGAUUGUCUACAUUGCAUCCGCCAAGUGGUACAAGAGUAUCAAGUUUGAGGGAAGAUUUGAAGCAAAUGAUGAUGAGCAAGGAAACUUCAAAGUCUGAUGUAUAAAAAACUAAGCAGACAUGUUAAGACCUAUGCUAGCAACUUAUAUUAAAUAAGAAGAAUGAGGUUGGCAACAAAGUCAGGAGGAGUAAGAGAAACCCUUUUCUCACCACUCCUAGCCCCGUUUCUCUGUAUCUCCGCAGCACCAACACACUGCUUUUUCUACCCAGGAAGUGUGUUUAAAGAGGUGGGUAACUUUUGGUUUAGGUCUCACAUCUUUCCUCAUUCUCAUUUGUUUGUUUUAUUGCUAGCCAUAGAAUUAACAUGUGCUGGUAGAGAAAUCUAUUGUAAAAUGAUUGGGCACUCUGUGAAGCUGUAGCACAUAGCUAUGUAAGAGAACUAAUCUCUCUCUCCAACCUUAAUGAAAGCACCUCUUCUCUCA